AAUAUGAUGGAUAAUGUUUCAGUAAUUACAAUGUUUACUCUGUCAGGGUUAAAUGGCACAGCAAACUACAGAGUCACUGUCUUUGCUCUCACUUUAUUGUGUUACUUUGUGAUUUGGCUGGUAAAUCUGACCAUUAUUGUGACAAUCAUUGUGGAUAAAAGCCUUCAUGAACCCAUGUACAUCUUCCUCUGUAAUCUGUGCAUCAGUGGACUGUAUGGGACAGCAGGUUUUUAUCCCAAAUUCCUCAAUGAUCUUUUGUCUCCCACUCAUGUCAUCUCUUAUACUGGAUGUCUUCUGCAGGGUUUUGUGUUGCACUCUGCAGUUUGUGCUGAUUUCUCUAUUCUAGUAGUAAUGGCCUAUGACAGAUAUGUGGCUAUUUGUCAACCUCUGGUAUACCACUCUGUGAUGACUAAGGAAAAAAUUAGAAUGUUUGUGUUUUUUUCUUGGCUUGUUCCCCUUUACUUGGUGUUCAUGAGCACAAUAACGACUUCACUAUCAAGGUUAUGUGGCUCACACAUACCGAAGAUCUACUGUGUCAAUUUUUUGGUUGGUAAACUUGCUUGUUCUGCCUCAAUAGCAAACAUUGUUAUUCCAGCUUUUAAUUACACUUUUUACUUUUUGCAAACUAUUUUUAUAGUAUGGUCUUACAUGUAUCUAAUAAAAACAUGCAUUUUUUCCAGUGUGAACAGAAGUAAGUUUAUGCAAACAUGUCUGCCACAUUUAUUAUGUUUAAUUGUUAUUGUUGUAUGUUUGAUGUUUGAUUUGUUGUACAUGCGAUUUGGCUCAAAACAAAGUGUAUCACAAAGUGUCCAGAAUUUUAUGGCAAUAGUAUUUCUCUUUAUUCCUCCAAUAAUCAAUCCCCUCAUAUACGGCUUCAAAUUGACACAAAUAAGAAACACAGUUGUGCAUUUUUUGUGUGGUAAAUAUAAACUUAAGUUUUUCUGUGGGGAGAACUAA